AAAAGAAAAAAAAAAAAAAAAGAAAUUAAAAAAAAAAAAUAUUUCAAACCUCAAAAAUAUAAAGGAGGAUCAAAUCCCUUAUACCAAUUUAUAUUUAUUUAAAAGUCUUAAGACAGUUAAAAUUUGCUUACUCCAGAUUUUAAUUAUUUUGAAAUUUUAACAAUAAUCGUAUAUAAAUCAUAUCAGAAUUCAACUACUGAUCGUAUGAAUAUCAUCUCUGUUUAAUCAUAUAAAAAUAUAGCAUACCAAAGAAAAAAAAACACUGGCAUAAAAAACAAAACAACUAUUUCUAUAAAAGUUUUCCAAAAAAGUCAUAUCAACAUCAUAUUCAUACCAUUAACUCCCAGAUGAAGCUUUUCGAAUCUGAGCAUUAUUUCAAUUAUCCUUGGGAUCAAGUAACAGCCGCCAAUUGGCAAAAAUACCCUAAUGAAUUAUCAACCCAUGUCGUUUCCGUUGACAUUUUAAAUCGUCUGAUUGAUGUCGAUAAUAAAACUUUAAGAACUGAAAGAUUGAUUGGUUGUAAACAAGCUAUUCCAAAUUGGUUAUCGUUCAUUGUUGGUGGACAGAAAUUAAGUUAUGUCAGAGAAGUUAGUGAAGUUGAUUUAAUUAAUAAUACUUUAGUUUUAAAAUCUCAUAAUUUAACCAUGAAUCAUAUUUUAUUAGUUAAUGAAACUGUCAUUUAUAAACCUGAUCCUCAAUUAAAAUCAAGAACGAUUUUCACUCAAAGUGCUGAAAUCACGGCAUAUGCUGCUAUUACUCGAAUUUGUGAUAAAUUAGAAGAAUGGUCAGUGGAAAGAUUUGGUCAAAAUGCUAAAACAGGUAAAUUAGCAUUUGAAGGGGUAUUGGAUACAUUAUCUACGAAAUGGGAAGAAAGUGGAGUGUUUGUAUCUGAUGUUUUAAAAGAUUUUAAUAAUGAUCUUACUGAAAAGACCAGUGAUGUCUUGAGUGAAGUUAGUAAAUUAGGAUUAUUUAAAUUGAACUCCUCUUCAUCAAACUCAUCAUCAUCAACUUUACCAUCGUCUGUAUCAUCAUCCCCAUCUUCAAGUCAUUAAGUCCUUCUAUCCAUUUAUUAUUUUUGCAUAUCACGAUUUCAUUCCUUCAUUCAUUUGUUAUCCUACUACUAGUUUAAUUUUUUAUGUGUUCAUUUCAAUUGUAUAUUAAGUUUAAUAAUCAAAAAUCAGCAUUUUAUUUCAUUCAUUCAUUCAUUCAUUUAUUUAUUUAGUUUAUUUAUUUCCAUAUCCUUCCUUCCAUUCAUUCAUUCAAUCAAUCAAUUCAAUCAAAAAUUAGUUUAUCCUUACAUUUUGUACAUAGAAUUAUAUAUAUCUAAUUUUAAUAUUAUUGUAAAUAGAUCUUUUAUUGUGAGAGCUUUUUGUUUUUUUCAAAUGCUUGCUUAUUUAUUUAUUUAUUCCUUUACGGUAUUCAUUCUUUAAUUCAUCUAUUAUCAUACUAAAAAUG